UAGCCGCGAGAGCCUCUUCACCAUCCUCAAGUCCUACACCAUCCGCCACCCCGGCAAGGGCUACUGCCAGGGCCAGGCCCCGCUAGCGGCGGUCCUCCUCAUGUUCAUGCCCGAGGUAGAGGCCUUCUGGGCGUUCAACGAGAUCUGCGAGCGCUACCUCGUCUCCUACUACGACGAAGGCCUCGAGCUCAUUCAAAUUGACGGUCAAGUGCUCUACGGCCUUCUCAAGCGCCUGUCACCGCAAAUCCACAAAUUCCUGGCAAGCAAAAUCAUCAUUUUCAAGGUGGGUCUCCUGCUUCUCUACCGAUGUUUUGGAAGCGCCUCCUUCAGGAAGUCGUGCGGCGGCAUCGACGACAUCCUAAUGCGAGCGCAGACUGUACCUUCCAAUCUCACCAAUCCCGAGGAGCUGGUUCGCGAUGUAAGUUCGGGAGUUGAAAACACCUCGCGUGACAUUGAGCAAGUUGGUUACAAUCGUGCUUUUUCACCGCUGGUUUUAGGUGCUGCGGAUUCACAUCGACAGGCGCCAGGUUGCCCGUGA